CGCGGCUGCUGUUUUCACCGCGGCCCUGGAUGGUUGAUAGCGAAACGGGGUGAAUAUGGAGGCUUUACUGCCGCUUUUCCAUUAAAGAGUACUUGGGAAGAGUGGGCAGAACAUCAGCUACUUUCUGAGCGUUGGGAUCCCUUCGCGUGCAGCAGCAGAGCGGGAUCCUUAGCAGCAGUCUUCCCUGGACGGAGUACGAUAUGGACGAGUCCAAGAGCCCCAGGAAAGCAGUCAAGCUUCCCCGCUCCGAGACCAAAGGAGAGAAUGCCACCAUGUCCAAGCACCUCAAGGAGGCUGCUGUGUCGAAGGAUUGUGUGAAGCCAAACAAUGGCAACGGUGAGAACAAGCCCCAACCGGGUGUUGAGGCCAGAGACGCAAGCAGUCAGAGCAGCCAUGGUGGGGGUAAGGUUCCUGGAGGCAGCGCCGUGGACCAGGGGCGAGGGAAAGCCCGCAGGCUCACCGGUCGGAACAGCCCUGGGGAGAGGGGGAAGGGCAAGGUGGGCCGGCCUCAGCUGUCAGAUACCCAGCAGCCCUUGCAGGACAAUGAGGCUCGAUUGGUGGUGGCGGUGGCGGCACCCACUGUUAGCAGACCAGCACAUGUUAGGGAUUCUACUGCAACAACAGCAUGCCACAAGGCCAGUGUGGACCACCUUCCAUCCAGUGAGGAAGAGCGCAUGAAAACCAAGGUGACCUCUGUCAAGAAGGACUUGCCUGGUCCCUCAAGUGAGGAGGUGAAACCUAUGGCUGGAUUGGAGACGGUGAUAGACGAAACGUCUCUCACCACAGAACAGCAGCUGGGGCUCCAGCAGGCUGAGGAGCGCCUUGUCAGAGACUAUAUACACCGACUCAUUAAGCGUUCUCCAGACUACCCAAAUUUCCAGUACCUAUGCAAACUCUGCUCCGUGCACAUUGAGAACAUCCAGGGUGCUCAUAAACACAUCAAGGAGAAACGGCACAAAAAGAACAUCAUGGAAAAGCAGGAGGAGAAUGAGCUGCGGGCCCUACCUCCUGCCUCACCUGCCCAACUGCAGGCCUUGGGUGCAGCUGUGGCAGAUGUUGUCUGCCAGCAAGGCAUCUCCGAGGAGGACUUCCUGGUGCGACAGGCCGUUGUUCACAGGAUGGAGAAGGUCAUCCAGAAACACCUCUCAGUUUGUUCCCUGCGGCUCUAUGGCUCCUGUCUUACCAGGUUUGCCUUCAAAACCAGCGAUGUCAACAUUGAUGUCACUUACCCAUCCAAUAUGACUCAACCAGAUGUGCUGAUUCAAGUACUGGAAAUCUUGAAGAAUAGCUCUCUGUAUACUGACGUCGAGUCUGAUUUUCAUGCCAAAGUUCCUGUUGUGUUCUGUAAAGAUGUCAGCAGUGGUCUUAUGUGUAAAGUGAGUGCUGGCAAUGAUGUUGCCUGCCUGACCACCAAUCUUCUUGCUGCCUUGGCCAAGUUGGAACCCAGACUUAUACCCCUAGUGCUGGCAUUUCGUUACUGGGCUAAGCUCUGCCAUAUUGACUGUCAGGCAGAAGGUGGGAUCCCCUCCUACUCUUUUUCCCUCAUGGUGGUCUUCUUCCUACAGCAGAGGAAGACUCCUAUUCUUCCUGUGUACCUAGGACCUUGGAUUGAAGGCUUUGAUGUGAAACAAGUGGACGAAUAUCACCUAACAGGGGUGUUUCUGGGCAAGAUGGUGGCCUGGGAGCACAAGCCCCCAAGCAGUGUUGAGGGCCGGGGUGAGGGGAAGGCUAAAACAGAACUAAAGAAACCUAUCGGGAAGAAAGAAGAGAGCAGGGAUGCCAACACAUCGAACUCCAAAGUAUCUAGUGGCAUGAGCCAACUGACCUUGGAUUCAGUCCAGGAUGUGCCUCUGGGACAGCUGUGGCUAGAGCUGCUGCGCUUUUACACACUGGAGUUUGCUCUGGAGGAGCACAUCAUUAGCAUCCGUCUUCGGGAGCUGCUCUCCCGUGAGGUCAAGAACUGGCCCCGGAGAAGACUGGCUAUUGAAGAUCCCUUUGCGUUGAAAAGGAAUGUGGCACGGAGUCUGAACAGCCAGAUGGUUUUUGAGUACAUCCAGGAGCGCUUCCGCACUGCCUACAAGUACUUUGCCUGCCCGCAGAGCAAAAAUGGACUCACCAAGGGUAAUCGGCAGAAUAAGAGUGGGAAGCCGGUUGGUAAAGGGGACGAAAGAGCCAGAGCUGAGACUCCGGCUAAAGCUCGGGGUCUUGCACGUGAAAGGAGUAACUGCAGAGAGACAGAGCAGCGAUCCCAAAGGGUCGAUGAUGGAGAGGAUGACAGUGAAGAUGAAGAUGAUGAAGGUGCAAGCGAGGAUGAUGAUGGGCCAGAAGGGGUGCUUUCUGCCGAUCUUAAUGACCUGCUGCUGAGUGAGGGGGAGGAGAGCCCAGCGCAACAAGUCUGGCUGGCAGAUCAAGCCUCCCCUCCACAGAACGGGCUACUGGAGAGUGAGGAGGAGGAGAGGCUUCCUCUGAAGGAGGUGGUGGAGGUCUCUCCAGAUGACCUGUAUUACACUUUUGACAGGAUGACCUUCACAGGGGGAAAGCCACCCACUGUGGUGUGUGGCAUCUGCAAGCGGGAUGGCCACCUCAAGGACGAGUGCCCAGAGGACUUCAAGAAGAUCGAGCUAAAGCCACUACCACCCAUGACUGACCACUUCCGUGACAUCCUGGAUGGCCUUUGCAGACUGUGUUAUGAUGAACUGUCCCCUCCACCUGUAGAACAACAGAAAAGGGAGCAGAUUCUUGCCAGUCUAGAGAGGUUCAUUCGAAAGGAGUAUAAUGAAAAAGCACGGCUGUGUCUGUUUGGCUCCUCAAAGAAUGGCUUUGGCUUCCGUGACAGUGACCUUGACAUCUGCAUGACGCUGGAAGGCCACGACACGGCAGAGAAACUGAACUGCAAGGAGAUUAUUGAAGGCCUGGCCAAGGUACUGAAGAAGCACGCAGGGUUAAGGAACAUCUUGCCUAUCACAACAGCAAAAGUGCCUAUUGUGAAAUUUGAGCACAAGCAAAGUGGACUGGAGGGCGAUAUAAGCUUGUACAACACUCUGGCACAGCACAACACCCGAAUGCUGGCUACAUAUGCUGCUAUUGAUCCUCGUGUGCAGUACCUGGGGUACACAAUGAAAGUCUUUGCAAAGCGCUGUGAUAUUGGUGACGCAUCACGAGGAAGUCUAUCCUCCUACGCAUACAUACUGAUGGUGCUCUACUUCCUGCAGCAGCGACAGCCACCAGUCAUCCCUGUCCUCCAGGAAAUAUUUGAUGGCAAGACAGUCCCUCAGCGGAUGGUGGAUGGUUGGAAUGCCUUCUUCUUCGAUGACAUUGAGGAGCUGCGGCGCCGGCUGCCGGAGCUGGGACAGAACAAUGAAACUGUGGGCGAACUGUGGCUGGGCCUGCUGCGCUUUUAUACCGAGGAGUUUGACUUUAAGGAGCACGUUAUCAGUAUUCGCCAGCGCAAGCGGCUCACUACCUUUGAGAAGCAGUGGACCUCCAAGUGCAUCGCCAUUGAGGAUCCCUUUGACCUGAGCCACAACCUUGGUGCUGGCGUUUCUAGAAAAAUGACCAACUUCAUCAUGAAGGCAUUCAUCAAUGGGAGGAAGUUGUUUGGUACGCCUUUCUACCCCCAGCCUGGUGUGGAGGCGGAAUACUUCUUUGACUCGAAAGUACUGACAGAUGGUGAACUGGCCCCUAAUGAUAGAUGCUGCCGGAUUUGUGGCAAGAUUGGCCACUACAUGAAGGACUGCCCCAAGAGGCGCAGGAUGAAGAAGAAGGAGAAUGACAAAGAAGAUGAGAUGAAGGAGGAGGAACGUGAACCACGUGAAAGGCGCUGUUUCCAGUGCAGGGACACGGGUCAUGUGCGUCGUGACUGCCCUGAGUACCGGCAACUCCGGCAGAGGAGUCCAGCAGUUCCCGUUCCUCAGGUGGUGCGUGCUAUGGUUAGCUCCCAGUCCAUUGCAGUGCCCCAAUCAGGAGUUCAGGAGCGACCAGGAAGAACCAGGCAGCCCUCUGAAUGUUCUGACACACGCCAGACGCCUCCAUACUCCCCACAAUCCACGCCCUUCAGCCAGGGCUCUGCCGCAUCCCCCAGCUCUCCUCAGUCCCACGUGAAGGCGCCAGGAACACAAAAGCAGUCGACCCACCCUCAGGUUCCGCUAUCGCUUUUCAACUUGCCCCACUCGCACCCAGGCCCGUACCACCAUGGGCUCUCAGCACUGGGUGUGCUGCAGUCCCACCAGCAGCAGCACCACCACCACUCCGUCCCCAUCCCCUCCACAUCCUGGCCUAUACAUGGACCAGUUAUUCAGACCACCUCAACAGGGGGCGGCCCGCACCCCUCACCGCCGGGCCUAGGCUUCCCGCUGCGCCCAGGUCCGGCCAACGGUGGCAGCGGUGGGACCGGGUCAACUGCAGGGUCGGGACCCGUCGGCCUGAAUGAUCCCAGCAUCAUCUUUGCCCAGCCAGCAGUCCGGCCACUGCCACUGAGCGGCGCGGGCCGGGAGGGUCACUGGCACAACCCCUUGGGUCCGGGAGCACUGGUGGGGAACGGGACACUGGGCAAGUCAGACCAGGGAUUCCAGGGCCAUUUGGGGAAAGUGACCCAGGGCUCCCUGUCCUGGGAGCAUGGCAGUGCAGCACAGUACUCAUUGUCCCCAUCGUGGCCUUACCACAUGCCCCAGGCCUUUGUGCACCAGGGCAAUGGAGGAUUCCACCAGGGCAAGCCCUUCAUCUCCCAAGGUUCUGUGAUUCCUGGGAAUCAGCAUUUCCCUCUUCUCCAGCACAACCCUCACAUCAGUCUCAACUACAUCCAGCAGAAGAAGUGAAGUCCAACCACCUUUCCCCCAACAGCUGAUGAGCUGAAGUUCUUAAAGUAUCGAAGAUAAAAAUAUAUUUUAACUUGUCAUUAUUUGGUCACAACUGUUUUUAAGCAAAUUGUAUAAUUUUUGUACAGUUUUUACUUUUUGUGUUAUCACAUUGAUCUGUGAUACAAUGUCAAAUAUUCUAAUGCCUCCAUUUUUGAAGGGGGACCCAAAAAGUGUUUUUAUUUGUAAAGGAAGGUUUUGAAAUGUAUUUCUUUAUUUUCGUUAGCUGUGUUCAUGCUUUGCUUGCUGGAAGACCCAACGCUUUGAGUAGACCGGUUUUAAAAAUGUACUCCCUAAUCAGACAAUUAUGUAGUGCCAAAAAGUCAAAAUACACAAAAAAAAAGGAAAAAUAUGAAAUGGAAAAAAAAAAAAGAAAAUUCAACUAACUAGUCCUUGACUCUUCGUAAAAUCUAUUUUUCCCCCUUUCAAAUCAAGUGUGUGUUCCUGCUUCUACGGGAAAGGUGUUUAUAAGGAGGUGUAAGACCAUUUUUUUUCUGCAACACUUUUCAUGGUUAAGCUUCAAACAUCAGUUUGCCUGAUCUCUGCGUUCACUGUACGGUACAUCCUUUUCAUAAGCCCAUUUACGAUGGAGUUAAAAGUAUUGUCAUGCAGUACACCAUUUACAUUUAAUCUAGACAUUUAACAGAAGGGAACAUUAUACAUGUCUUAUUACAUCACUUACAUUUUAAGUGUAUGUAACAGUUGAUGUCUAGGGUUCCUUUUUGUUGCUGCAUACUGACUUUUCAGUGUUCCAUUUUUGCACCACAGCAGGAGUUUUAACAGUUGCUCUGGAUGGACAAUCCUGUUGUAUGCUGGCUUCUGUGGCAGCUGAGCCCAUCAUUUGAGCUCCAUGGUUUAAACACACAGGAAGGUAAUUCCUGUGCAACAAAAGUUAGUAUGGCCUAAAAAAACAGCCACACAAUUUCUUCAAAUUUAUUUUAAUUUGUGCUGUAAUAGAACAAGUUAGUUGCUGUUUAAUAACCACUACUACUGUUAUUCCUGAGAUCACAAAUUAAAUUCAAAACUAAAAAUGAUAGUGGGCCCUGCAAAUGUAUAAUGAGCAUAACUGCAGCUCAACUACAACAAAAAGCAGCAUACAAAAGGUAUUCUCCAGAACUACAAGUGAAAACCAGCUGGUGCAGGAAAGAAGCCUUCUGGUAAUGUGGAAUUGGGUGAGUAGCUUUUUAUACUGUUGAUUAGUUUUUUUUAAAAAAAGGUUAAACAUCAUGAUAGAGUUUGAAAGUUCAAUAAACAUUUAAAUUUACUACUAAACUGUUCAGUAGUAGACACUCUUCAGUCACAAAUGCAGUUCCCCCACCUCACUGGGUACACCUGGUUCUAAAAUAUUUACUUGCACAUGAAAUUGUAUUAAUGUUUGAAUCCAACAU